AUGUCUAUUGAUCAUUCCUCUGCAACAUUAUUUUGUAAUUUGAAUUCACAUUCAAGUGACAUUCCAUUCCGAAAGUCUUGCGAAAGAGUUCUUCAACGAACAAAACAGUUUGAAAGUCAUACUCUCGAACAAAUUCUCGCAUUCGAUAAUCCGGGAAAACCUUUCAUUGACGAUCAUCAACAUGUUUACAUAUGGUACUUAGCAAUCGGUAGUAUGAUCAAUCCCAUUUCAUUACAUUUACGUGAUAUUACACCAUUGAUGUCUUAUCCAGCCAAAUGUUUUGACCAUCGAUUAGUUUUUCGUGAUCGUAGUGGUAUGGCAGAUAUUGAUUUUUGUGAAGGCGAAGAAUUUGAUGGCGUUGUGCAUUUGGUGCCAAUCGAACAAAUGAAUCGCUUGGAUCAAGUUGAACACAUGUAUACAAAGAUCAUUGUUCCUGUAACUGAUUAUCAAGAACGUUCACAUCUCGUUUACGUCUAUAAAAUGACUCCAAAUGGACAGCAAGAAAGACCUAUUGGUAUCCCAUCCGAACGUUAUUUAGAUAUUAUUAUCAAAGGCUGCGAAUACUUUGGCGUACGAUCAUCCUAUAUCAAUCGGUUGAAAAACAAACAAACUGUCAUUCCUCGAAAAUCGGCAGAUACAUAUCAAACGAUAGCUGAUGUUCCAGAUAACGUAUUUUAUACGUAUGAGGAUCUGGCUAAACACGAUGGAAAAGAUCCAACAAUUCCUCUUUGGACUAGCGUUAAUGGAAAAGUCUUGGAGUAUUCCGGUUUGCCGUCAGUUGAUCAUCCAGAUUAUGAGAAUCAGAAGCGGUUUUACGAUUUUGUUUUAUCAUAUUUUGGCGGACGAGAAGUUGUCUGUGCAAUAUCACGAGCUUGGUAUGAGCCCAUGUUUAAAAUCCCGUUAAAUGAUGACGAUAUCUGCGAUGAGCAUCGUACACUAGCAGAAGAUAUGUGUGUGUCGUGGGGUUUGAAUUGUGGCGGAGACAAUAGUGCAUCCUAUUGGACGCCAAUUGGAAGAAUAUAUCAAAUAAAAAAAACCUGA